AUGCUCCUUGGACGCGUAGUGGGCCAGGUGGCCUUGCUGAGCACGACGCUCUCUGCGGCCCUCGCCGCGCCAUCGGGAUUCCCAAGCACUGGCAACGGGCUAUGGUACACCUCGCAGGGCACCGCAGACACCGAGUUCUGGUCUGAAGAAUGGCUACCUGUGGGGAACGGCUACCUGGCAGCGAUGCUUAUGGGCGGCUCGGCCACGGAAGUAACGCAGCUGAACAUCGAGUCCUUGUGGUCCGGCGGCCCGUUCCAGAACAGCAGCUACAAUGGCGGUAACAAGCGGCCGGACGAGGCGGCGCAGAUGGCGGCCGACCUCGCCGGCAUCCGCCAGUCCAUCUUCGACAGCUCAGACGGCACCAUCGGCAGUACCGAAUCACUGGCCACGACGCCCACCAAUUACGGCUCGUACGCCGGCGCGGGCUACCUCUUCUCCACCCUCGACCUUGCUGGUGACGUGACCGACUUCUUCCGCUGGCUCGACCUGGAUGCCGCCGUCCAUCGCACCUCGUGGACACAGGCUAACUCGUCCUUCUUCCGAGAGACGUUUUGCUCCCACCCGAUCCAAGCCUGCCUCCAGCACGUCAACACCACCGAUGGCAGCACCCUCCCCGCCACCACCUUCGCCUACUCCCUCAACCCCGAGUCUGGCAUGCCCAUCCCCGCAGUCUCAUGCUUCGACAACUCCACUCUCCAGGUCACUGGCACUGCUGGCAGCCCAGGCAUGAUGUUCGAGCUCCUCGCCCGCGUCGAUGCAACCGGCCAGGGCGCGUCCGUCGUCUGCACUCCCUCUGGCACCAACGCGACCAUCACUGUCACCGCUGCAACCGCUGCAACGAUCACUUGGGUCGGCGGUACCGACUACGACAUGGACGCCGGCGACGCCGCCCAUAAUUUCUCUUUCAAAGGCCCCGACCCCCACGAUGCCCUCGUCUCCCUCAUCGGCCCCGCCACCGCCCAGGAUGGCGGCUACGACGCCGUCGUGCAAGCCCACAUCAACGACUAUGCCAACUUCAUGAAUACCUUCCAGCUCGACCUGGGGCAGACGCCUGACCUCACGACCCCCACCGACCAGCUCAAGAGCGCAUACCAGACUGACGUUGGAAGCCCGUACCUGGAGUGGCUCACUUUCAACCUCGGUCGGUACUUGCUCGCCGGCAGCGGGCGGGGUACGCUCCCUGCUAACCUCCAAGGCAAGUGGGGCAAGGAUUCGAGCAACCCUUGGGGCGCAGAUUACCACGCAAACAUCAACCUCCAGAUGAACUACUGGUUUGCGGAGUUGACUGGCAUGGACGUCGCUGGUCCUCUCUUUAAUUACAUCGAGAAAACAUGGGUACCGCGUGGAGAAUACACUGCUCAAGUGUUGUACAACACCUCCGAAGGCUUUGUCGUCCACGAUGAGCUGAACACGUUCGGCCACACAGGAAUGAAGACAGGAGGUUCCUCCUACGCCGAUUACACCGGUGCGAACGCGUGGAUGAUGCUUCACGUUUGGGAUCACUACAGCUUUGCCAGCGGUGACAAUGAGUGGUUCCGGACUCAAGGCUAUCCACUCCUCAAGUCAACCGCACUAUUCCACCUGAACAAUCUCUUCCCUGAUCUGCGCUUCAACGACUCCACCCUUAUUGUCAACCCCUGCAAUUCUCCUGAACAGUCCACGAUCACCAUGGGUUGCUCGCAUGCCCAACAGCUCCUCUGGAUGCUCUUCAACGCGAUCGAGAAAGGGUUCAAUGCAUCUGGCGACACCGACACCGACUUCCUCAAUCGCGUUAUAUCUGUGCGCGACCAGAUGGACAAGGGCAUCCACAUCGGGUCUUGGGGCCAGCUCCAAGAGUGGAAGGUCGACCUAGACUCCCCGACCGACACCCACCGUCACCUCUCGCACCUCAUCGGCCUUUACCCCGGCUACUCCGUGUUCAACUACAACGCUACGCAUCAAGCAAGCCCCACCGCUAACUACACCAACGACGAGGUCAUUGCUGCAGUGACCACGAGCCUGAUCCACCGCGGGGACGGCACCGGGCCCGACGCAGACUCGGGCUGGGAGAAGGUGUGGCGUGCGGCGUGCUGGGCGCAGCUCAAGAACUCGACCAUGUUCUAUCACGAGCUCACGUACGCGCUCGAGCGCAACUUCGGCGGGAACCUCUUCAGCUUGUACAACCCCGGCUCGCCCGACAUCUUCCAGAUCGACGCCAACUUCGGCUUCGCCGCCGCGCUCCUCAACGGCCUCGUCUCCACCCCGGACGUCGCGUCGUGGGACGACGAGCUGACGAUCUACCUCCUGCCCCUAAGCCCGGUGCCCUGGGAGUCCGGUUCGUUCACGAACGCGCACGUCCGGCUCGGGCUCGCCUUCGAGGUCUCCUGGACGGACCACGGGCAGUCGCUGAAGACGGCGACGCUCACCGCCGGCGCGAACACGCCCGCGGGUCAACGCGUGCGCGUCAUGCAUGGCGGCCAGGUCCUCCGGCAGCUCGAGGUGCAGCCCCGGAUGAAGGUCGCGCUCGUGUGA